AUUAAAAUCAAACAUGGCGAUGCCGAGUGCAGUCGGGUCCGUGUCGGUUUGAUGUUUCGAUUUGCAAGCGCGGCGGUUAAUUUUGCACAAUUUUGACGAGUGAAGUGUCGAGUGUGUGAAUUGUGAAGAAUACUAUCGAAAUUUCCUGUUGUUUUUGUUGGUGGAUCCAGCCAAGCAGUGUGUUGCUCUCACGACGGAGAAAAUCUCCCGACACACUCUUUCGGGAUUAGUUGCGGGCGUGACUGUGGAAAAAGCAUAGUCAGACAAUAGGGAAGUGAAAAUUUUCAUCCCAGCCCAACGUCAGUGGAAUCAGGAAGUGACUGGAGUGCCAGAUUUGUGCAGGACCAGGAUAUUGUGAUACUAUUUAAAAGUGCUAACCGUGAGAAAUCUUCCAGCUGCAUUUGCGGAUUAUCAUUCUUCAGAAUCUUAAAGGAUUAAGGAGCGACCACUCUAGAGCCGAUGAGUUUGUAUAUACCAUUCCGUUAAUGGUAAUCGAGUAACAUGUAAACAGUGAUAACGACGGCGCUCGCUCAUGAAUGGAAAUCGACUUUUGUUUACGUUCGAAGUGAUAACCUUACCGGAUUACUGCUCUGUGGAGGAAAAAUGUCCAUUGAGGAAAGCACAGUGAUCAACGCCAGCAGCAGAAGUGAGGGGAGUGGAGAGGCGCGUACGAAGGCCCUGAUAAGUCAGGCAGUUCGAAUCGUCAACGAAUAAAUCAGAAGUGUUCUCUAAUUCUAAUCUUUCCGAUUGGCUGAGUGGUGUUUGCUUGGUAAUUAGUAGACGAAGAUCCCAUUGUGAGCAAAUAGCGGAAUUUUAGAGCCGUGUGUUAAUGUGAGAAGUUCGGGCUUUACGACGGAAGUGGAACGCACGUAGUUUUUUUUGUUGCGUUGAUAUAAGGCUCAGUGAAAAAGUGAUCAAAAAGCAUUGUGUGCUCUCAAUAAUUUUCCCAGUGGAAAUUAUCUUCUAGAAGAGGAAGUAAGGCAAUCAGAAGCUCAAAAUGUUCCAGUGUAUUAUACAACAGCGAAACGGAUGGAUUCACCAGCCGAGUCCGGAGUUUCGGGAUGUCUUUCCAGACAUCCGACAGCAGCUCAAUGAACAGCUCAAGUUUCUCGACGUGCGAAUGGAGUCGCAGAUCUCGCUCAUCCAGGAGCUGCAGGACUUCUUCCGGCGGCGUGGCGAGGUCGAACUGGACUACAGCAAGAGCCUGGACAAGCUGGCCAAAAGCCUCCAGCUGCGACACAAAGAACAACGACAAAAGCGGGAACAGUGGCCCAUGUUCUCAUCGUACUCCUGCUGGCAGCAGCUGGUCAACCAGACAAAAUCCCUAUCCAAAGAUCACGCAGCCCUGUCGGAGAUCUACUCGGUACAUCUCGUUGCCCGAUUACAGUCUGUUUGGGAUGAUGUGCAACGGAUAUAUAGGAAGUGCCGCGAAAUUGGCUUCGAAACACACGUCGAGAUCCUGCGCAUCCUGCAGGAGCUGCACACCAAUAUGAAAACCUACCACACGUACCAAACCGAGGCCAAGGAAGCGGAGAAAAAGCUCCGUGCCGCCGAAACGCAGCGCAUGAAGCUGCAACAGAGCGUACCGAAGGAGAAACUGGAGCGCAGCAAAAAGUACAAGCUCAUCGAGAAGGAGGUGCUCAAGCGCAAGAACAAAUACACCGACGCAAGACUGAAGGCCCUGAAGGCAAAGAACGAGUACCAGCUGUGCUUGGAGGCGUCCAACACUACCAUCCACAAGUACUUUGUGGAGGAUCUGAGCGAUCUGAUCGAUUGUAUGGAUCUCGGUUUCCAUUCGGUCGUUUCCCGGGCACUGUUGAUGCACGUAUCCGCCGAUCAGGGACGCUGCCGAGCAGUACUAAACAACACGGAUACCCUAUCCCACAUAAUCAACUCGAUGGACAGUCGAGCCGACAAGCAGAAGUUCCUCGAGCAGCACAGUGCAGCAUUCAUGAUUCCAAAACGGCUCGAAUUCCAAGGCCAGGACGAAGACGUCGAGCCAGAAUUGCAGAAAGCACUCCAUCAGGAGAUGGAAUCUCGACUGGUACAGCUGGAACAACGCGUUAACAAUCUCCGCAUGGAGUCGGAAGAGAUUUGGAAAACGUUGGAAACGGCCGAAAUCAACCUGCUGGAAAUACUCAACACAAAGGACUAUGACUGUAGUUCGGCGUUCGGUGAUGGGGCUCUCGGGAUCGCUAAGCCCGAAAAUUCCUCUCUUAAGUUACGGUCAGACAAGAAUGAGAUUGAAGAAUUUUACAUCACGAAAAUUCGCGAAUAUAUUCUCGCUACAUCACGAAUAGCACGGCUUGACUCGAAGGCGGAAUUUCUGCGGAGCGCUUUGACCAAGGACUCUGCUAUCAAAACCGAUACGCUGACCAAGUCGAACGUUCCCAAGCGGAAACGCAUCGGUCGGAUGAACAAGUCCGGUCGACCAAAGUUGUUCGGUGGCUCACUGGAGGAAUAUCUGGAAGUUACGAGCGAGGAGAUUCCAUUAAUACUAAGGAGCUGCAUUCGGGUCAUAAAUUUGUUCGGAUUACAUCAUCAGGGUAUUUUCCGGGUGUCUGGAUCUCAAGUAGAAAUAAGUAACUUUAAGGAAGGAUUUGAGCGGGGCGACGACCCGCUUGCCGAUACAACAGACGCGUCGGACAUCAACUCAGUGGCUGGUGUCCUAAAGCUAUAUCUGCGCGAACUCCGGGAACCACUGUUUCCGCUGAUCUACUUCGAUCACUUUGUUUCAUUGGCACAGCUCGAGUCGAAACACGAAAUUGUGCUGGGCAUUCGAAAGUUCUUCCAGAGUCUGCCAAAGUCCGUGGUGAUCGUGAUACGGUAUCUCUUCGCAUUUUUGAACCAUUUAUCGGAAUACUCAGACGAAAAUAUGAUGGACGCAUACAACUUGGCCAUCUGUUUCGGCCCUACGUUAAUGCCAGCUCCCGAGGACAAGGACCAGGUUCAGUACCAGAAUCAGGUCAACGAGCUGAUCAAAAACAUUAUCGUCUACCAUGCGGAGCUAUUCCCGAAGGACCUCGGUGGCAUGCAGUACGAGAAAUUCAUCUCGUCGGAACCGUUUGAAGAUGAUGUUGGUGAUUCACCAACAGAGCAAGUCUCCGAGGAUCCGGACUCGGAGGUGUAUCCCUCGGAGGAUGAAUCGGACACAUUCGAAGCCAUCGUACAGUUCGACUUCAAUGCACGAUCAGAACGGGAACUAUCGCUACGAAAAGGAGACAAUGUGAUACUGUAUAAUCAGGUUUCCAACGAUUGGUGGCGUGGGGCAGUGAAUGGAAAAACUGGAUUGAUUCCGGACAAAUAUAUUUCACUCAAGAUCAAAGAUGAAGAUCGUGAUAAGAGUGAACACCUGAAGUCUUCCAGCUCGGAGGAAUCCGUCCGAAAGCGACGACCCAGCGGAAACAUCUCCAUCAACAGCCAACUCUCGAUCUGCACCAACAACUCAAAUACGCUCUCUAACAUUACCUGCGGAUCAGACUAUACUGGUUCGACCAUCAGCACCACUACCCAAGGAGUAGGAAGCAUUACAGGUUCUGGUUCCACUAUUGGGGGUAGCGCUAUGUCUGCUUCUCCGAGUCAUCCACAAUACCAAACGAUUCAGCAAAUGCAGCAACAGACUCAACAACCGCCGCCGAUCAACAACCAGGUCACGCAUCAACCACCACUUCCGUCGGCACAUCCACUGAUCGGUGAAAAGCUAACCGCCGACCUCAAAGAUCCGGAUUACAUCCACUACGACACAGUGGACCUCAAGGGAUCAACCUACAGCUACCACGAUGAACCGCACUCGUUCGAAACGUCUGGGGAGUUUCUGGAGGAUAUGACCCACUUCACAUUCGAGCCACAGAAACCCUCGGAACCGAUCUACGCCGAGCCAACCAAGAUCACCGUCCAGCGAGACAAAUCGCCGGCCCCGGACAGCCACAGCGGAGGCGGCAACGGCAGCAACGAUGACUCAGAGGACACCGUCGAGUUCCGUUCGAAGCUGGGCAGCAUGGGUGACCCACCGGAACACACCAAAUCGACGAUGAUACUGAAUCGUCGUAGCGAUACGCUUCCCUCGGGAAAGGGUUCCGGUGAAGACGGAGGCAAACAGCAACGGUUAAGCGAUUCGUUGGCCGGAAUGAAUCAGAAUGUGGACGAGAAUGGCGAACCGAGGCCCAUGAGAAAGUUCCACUCGAAGAGUUUCAGCCUGUCGGAGAAUAAGCUUAGCCUGUCGGUGGCCGGUAGUGGGGGAAACACGGGGGCUUCCGGGAAUGUGUUUCAGCACAAUCGAGAUCUGUGGCAGAAGCGGGCGACGCAAAGUUCGUAUCAGAAUUUGACCACGUCUAGAAUUCUGAGCAGGAACAGAAUCGCGCCGGACUUGGUAAUGGAUUUGCCACCGGCUGCAAUUGGAAAGGACGGCGUCGGCAGUGCUUCCAGAGAAUCGUUGGAUAGCGAAUUGGAGGACAUGACGUCGGCGGAACGAUUCGCUGCCCAGAACCAGUGCACGUUGAAGAAGAAUGAGCGAUUUUCGACAGAACCGGUUGUAUACGAGAAUACUGGCAAGAAGGAGGUCAAGUUGGACGUGAAGGGAGCGGUUGACAAACCGAAAGCUGAGGUUAAACCUCAAGAGAGCAGUAUUAAGACCCCGACAUCGACGGAUAUCCCGAAGAUUGUUGAGGAAAGUGGGGAGGGAAAAGACGUGACUAGAAUUCCGUCUGACGAGGUGCUUCAUAUUGAGGAGUCUUCCAGCGGUGGUGGUAGCGAGGCACUACAAGCAUCUAUUCCGGCGAGCAAAGAACUCGCAAAAAGUCCCAUUCCGGCAAGAAAUACCCAAAAAUUUGUGUCGCAGUUUGCCGAUCUACACUUGACCGGGGGUUGUCUAGUGAAAUCAUCGGAGUGCACAUCCGGGGCUGCAGCAACUUCGUUGGCCCAAGAACAGCAGGCAAAGAAUCUCAGUUCCUUUAAACCACAGGUUAAGGUUAAGCCGCAGAUUCUUAAGAAACCCCAGGUACUUCCACCGCACACGCCGGAGAUGGGACGGAGGGCACAGGAAUAGGGAAGGCUAAUGGGACUGGGGUCCCGGUCCAAAACACUCAAUCUAUAAGUGAUAUACCAAAUAAUUGCAUGUGUUGAAGUAGUAGGAAGUAGAAAACGCGUAGAAACUCCUGCUGGAGAGUGUGAUGAUUGCGAAUGAUUGCGUGCGCGCACGGGAAUUGGGAAACACAGGGUCCGUCCCAGAGAGGGGAAGGAAAGAGUCCCUAUUGGAUAUUAAAAAAAAAAACAGGGACGGUAAGAAAACUAAAAGUCAUGAACCCUUUUUAGAACGGCUUUUGGCUCGCAUUUUAAAGCUUUCGAUUGUGGCGUAGAAAAGUAGCAGAACGGGGGAAAACACCAAUAUUUGCAUAACAAUAAAAUACUAUAAUAUUUAAGACUGGAUUGGUACAAUAUACAAAUCGAAAUGAAGUAAAUUAGAUGAAAACAAACACAAGUCGGAAAUUAAAGCACAGUAGAAUUAUUCCCUCGAAUCAAAGAAAUCGAAUUUCUAAGUCAGUAGAGGUACGGUUUUUUUAAGUAUAUACAUGUAGAUGAUUGUGGUAAUUUCAGUUUAGUUUCAAAACCUGUACUCGAACAUCACAAGUUAUUUAACCUACUGUUUAGGGAAAAUAAAAAUCUUCAGGAUCUGAUGUUAGCGUUAGUUGGAAGAAUUAUAUUUCUUUACAUUUUGAAUCUUAGCCAUAAUGUACAUCGAAUUUCUAGGUUAGGUUAUUUUCUUUCGAAAAUUUGUCGUAUUUUAUCAUCGAACAAAUAUUUUAUUCCAAAAUAAAAAUUUCCAUUAAUUGAACAUUUUGAGUGAAAUUGGUUGUAUCACUGUUUAAGCUGCAGUGCCCGCCGAUAUUUUACACAUAGAAUUUACUUUUAAAUCAAAGCUAAGAAGUAGACCCAUUUCAAUCGAACACCGAUGUGUAUCACCCUUAAAUUUAAAAUAAACGUAAUUCAACCAAAUCAGUCUACAAAUUCUUCGUUGUCCAUAAUCAAAGUAUUUAAAACACAUAUUCUACAAAAAAAAACCUAUUGACACAUACUAAAAGAGUAACUUCAAGUCAAAUAAAAUGUAGGCAAAGCUAAAAUAAACAAGUAUUCAAAAACAAGGGAGCUACAUAUAACGAAAGCAUAACAAAAAUGGUAAUAAACAGAAACAAUAUUAGAUAUGUCUAAACUAUCGAAGCUGAAUUCAACUGAUCAAAACUACCAAAAAGAACACAAAAGAAUACGUUUCUCUUUUUCCCAGCAUCUUUUAACAGACUGGAUAACAAAAAUUAAAUAAACCAAAUAAAUCCACCAGAAUCCAACCAGAAAAUCUGUAAUAAAAAUUCACAUCUUGAUCUCCGUCGGAUCGCAUGCAUCAUCGUUCGUUAAUCAUCAGCGUCAUACUAUGGUUACUGUCACAAACACAAAAUAAUCGUUCGUUAGUCAGUGUUAGUAGGUCAAAAAUCGCCGUCACGGUGCACCCGUUCCUGUCAUAUCCAUUCAUUGUCAAGAAGAAAUGAAACCCAUUUUAACUGUCAACCAUUUUAAUCACCACCUAGCAGUUUUAAAAUUCAUCAAUCAUCGUCAUCAUCAGAAUGUUAGCAGUCUGUCUACCAAACUACCGUCGAUAACUCGCCAUCAAUCCCAUUUAUUGUACACUAUACCUAACCUACCCGUUAUACUCACACUGUCAUUCUUGAAUCCACCAUGACCAUGAUCCGAGAGUUGCCAACAGGGGCGACAGGACGGGAGAAUUCAGAAUAAAAACGAAAAUCAUACUCAGUAAUAUA